UUCAGGCAAAUCCUCACCAUCAUCAACAUUCAAGUUAUACAUAGAAUUAACAAGUCGUCAGCAGGAGUUCGUCAUCAUCACGUAAUUCUAGUUGUCAAAAGUAUUUAGGACUCGUUACUACACUUGUAUCUCUGAGCAGAAAUCCAGACGACGAGACCCCAACGUGACUGACUCUGCCUUUUGCCACGAGCACCACGACGAGGAAGCAGCACAAAUUUUCCGUCCACCCGGUUUUCGGAAAUUUACAUUCAUAUACUUGAAAAUUUGUCAAUUCCUCAAAGAAACUUAUCAACAUGUCGUACAGGGAUAAUCGUGGCGGACGAGGCGGCUAUGGAAACGGCGGGGGCUCUAGUUACGGUGGUGGGGCCGCCAGUUACGGUGGUGGGGGUGCUAGUUACGGCGGUGGGGGACAAAGUUAUGGAGGCGGUGGAUAUAGCGGGGGUGGUGGUAGUUAUGGUGGGGGUGCUAGUGGUGGACGAGGCAAGUUUGCUGGAGAAAAUUUGCGUAAAGUGAAAUGGGAGGCUGAGAAUCUCCUGCAUUUCGAGAAGAACUUUUAUGUUCCUAGUCCAACUGUGUUAAACCGACCCGUGAGAGAGGUGCAAGACUAUCUGGCUUCGAACCAAGUGACCAUGAGAGGUCGAGACCUGCCGAAUCCUAUUUUGCAUUUUGAAGAAGGGGGAAUUCCAGAGGGACUUAUGAGUUCGUUCCGUCGAAAUGGAUUUGAGAAACCAACUCUGAUCCAAAGUGUGGGAUGGCCAAUUGCUCUGAGUGGUCGUGAUAUGGUGGGUAUUGCCCAAACUGGUUCUGGAAAGACUUUGGCUUACACUCUGCCAAGCAUCAUCCAUAUCAGUCACCAGCCACGACUUGAGCGUGGUCAAGGACCCAUUGCUUUAAUUCUUGCCCCAACUCGAGAGCUGGCCCAGCAGAUUCAGCAGGUCGCAGCCGAGUAUGGAAAUGCUUGCCGACUUCGUAGUACUUGCGUCUUCGGAGGCGCUCCAAAGGGUGGACAAGCCAGGGAUUUGGAAAAAGGAGUCGAAAUUUUGGUAGCUACUCCUGGACGUCUUAUCGACUUUCUCGAAUCUGGAAGGACCAAUUUAAAACGAUGCACAUACUUGGUGCUGGAUGAAGCUGAUCGUAUGUUGGACAUGGGUUUCGAGCCACAAAUUCGUAAAAUUGUGGACCAAGUUCGGCCCGAUCGUCAAACUCUUAUGUGGUCAGCUACUUGGCCCAAGGAGGUUCGCACUAUGGCUGAGGAUUUCCUCAAGGAUUACGCCCAGGUUAAUGUUGGCUCCGCAAACUUGUCAGCCAACCACAACAUUCUGCAAAUUAUUGACGUUUGCCAAGAGCACGAGAAGGAAAAUAAGCUGCGAAUGCUCAUUGACGAAAUCGGUUUAGAAAAGGAAAACAAGACAAUCGUUUUCGUAGAGACAAAAAAGAAGGUCGAUGAAAUCACUCGAACUUUGAGAAAGAAUGGGUGGCCUGCCAUGUGCAUUCAUGGUGAUAAGUCACAAGGCGAGCGUGAUUGGGUACUGCAAGAGUUCCGCUGUGGACGCGCUCCAAUCCUUGUUGCAACUGAUGUAGCAGCUCGCGGCUUGGAUGUUGAGGAUGUAAAAUUUGUUAUCAACUACGAUUUCCCCAACGGGACGGAAGACUACGUUCAUCGCAUUGGACGAACUGGUCGCUCAUCAAAAACUGGCACUGCGUAUACAUUCUUUACUCGGAGCAACGCCAAGGCGGCAAAGGAUCUCGUUGACGUAUUGACUGAAGCGAAACAGGUUGUGAAUCCCAAAUUGUUUGAGCUAGUGGGCCGCGGAGGAGGUGGAUAUAAUAAUAGUCGUUGGCGUCAACCUGGAGGACGAGGUGGUGGUGGAGGCCGAGGUGGUUACAGAGGCGGAAGCGGAUUCGAGUAUUAAUAAUGAUCUGUCUAGGAGUUAUCUACUUUUUUUAUAAUUUUACGAUAUCCAUUCGUUCAGAAUCAACUAUUCCAUAUAACGUUUCUAUUUAGUGAUGAUUUAAUAGUAUUUCCAUCAUCGGUCUCCCCGUUGAGCUGGGAGUGUAAACUAUAAUAGCAGUGUCUUAAUGAGACGAAAAAAACAUCCCGUCUAAUCUCGUCUCGAUAAGUUCGAGACGAGACGAGAUAUGUCGAUCUCGUUAAGACCUCUUUAAACUAUGCUUUGGUCAGUGAACCAACUCGCAAGUAUUGUUGCGCAGUUACCUUCGUCUCAUAUUUUAAUAAUCAUAUGCAGUAGUGUUAUACUCAUUUUUGUUGUUUCGUUCAAGUUUAAUAAUGCAACAGUCUCUCAUUUUACUUUAUUGCGAUAAGUCAAAUGCUCCAAAAACUGGCUUUUUGGCGUCGAGUCAAUUUUGUAGUCGUUAUAUUUGACGGUGAUAACAGGGUGCUCGCUAUUGUACUUAAUCAAACAUUUAUGUGUAUCCAUCCCUUAUCAAAUCAAUUUUUCAUUUGCUCUCACCUUCUUUUUUCUAAUAGAAAAUCUCAGUAAAUUUCCACUUGAUCAUUGUCAAUUAAUAUUAAGAUUGUAAUUUGUAGUCGUAUUUAUUGUCCUUUAAAUAAUUUUUCUCUCUCGUCUUUACUUCUACAGAACCUUUAUGAUACACUUUUAGCAGUUGAGUAAGAAUGAAUAGGUUUCUAGAAUUAUUCAGCAUUAGGACCAACGUAUAUUUUCACGUUAAAUCAUUAUUUGUAUUGCUUUGUAUUCUUGAAUGCAGAUGAAAACUAAAUAAAAUUGAAUUACAAAAGAAAAAAA